UUGCUCCAACCUUAAUUGCAAUGUGUAGUUUCACGCUUCUGUAAUAGUUCCUAGUUUAGUGGCAGGCCUAACCAGAAGAGUCAUUAUAAGCUUAAUAUGAGAUUGUUAAAUAUUUUGUCAUGAAAUCUCUCGGACAAGAGAUCCAGGGAUUCUCCAAAGCGCGUCUGAAGAAGCAGAGCACGCGAGUGACUACGCUUACCGGGAAGGUACUUGUUGAAACGCGAAGCGGCGAUGACGCUCGUGUCUCACUAGCUGUGGAGGCGGGCACGAGCGGGUCGUAUGGCUUUGUCCAAGAUCUGAGUUUGGACCUGCAAGUUGGCGUUGUAACGCCCUUUCUGCUACUGUCAUCACAAGAUGUUGCCAAUGACAUCGAAACUUUGCGGAGAUUGAAGGUGACUCACGUGCUCAACGUAGCCUAUGGGGUGGAGAAUGCGUUCCCAGAGCUCUUUACUUAUAAGACUGUCACCAUGCUGGACCUGCCAGACACAGAGCUCACCACCUACUUCCCCCUGUGCUUUCAGUUCAUAGAUCAAGCUAGACAGCAGGGUGGUGUUGUGUUGCUCCACUGUAAUGCCGGCGUGUCCCGGUCUGCCUCAGUUGCCAUUGGUUACUUGAUGGCAGAGCAGAAGAUGUCAUUUGAAGAAGCCUUCAAUAGAGUCAAAUUGACCAGGCCGGCAAUUAGGCCGAACCCUGGCUUCCUAAAUCAGCUUAAAGAGUAUCACCCCUGAAAGAGCAUUGUGGCAUUUUGUGUAGUUUGUAAUAGAUAUCAUUUUAUACGUUUAUCAUCAAGCAAAAAAAUGUCUAUAAGGUUACACCAUUUUAAAGUACUUGUUGCAUUUUUUUAAGAUGUUACAUUAAGUAUUAAAAAUAUAAUAAAGAAGAUAGAGAGGUUUGUAGGGCAGGCAGGUCAGGAGGAGACAACAUGCCCUCCGCUCAGGCCUGUGAGACCUGUCUGUCCCCCAGUUCUUAAGUUUGAUCACUCUCCUGUGUAGUUGGACCGACUGCCUGAUGUUAUUUUCUGGCUAAGGAAAACUGAUCUGAAGUUUCUCCACAUGCACAAAUAAAACCAUGAGAAUCUGA